CUUCAAACGGCUAUGUGUAUGACGUCACAUCCGGCCUAUGUGUGAUCCUUCUGCCAGACUGGGUGGCACGUGCUGCAGGCGAGACUAUGUGCACGGACAAAGGGGACCGUCUGGUGUGGCUUGACACGGCUCUGAAAGACGCUUUCUUCAGGAAUUUCGCCCGUUUGAACAGGGACAGUUUCUGGACGGGUGGCUACAGGACAGGGUCUGGCAGCUGGGCCUGGUCUGGCGGGGAGCAGAUGUGCAAUCGUGGCUGGUCUGACAGUCAGCCGGAUGGCAGCGGGGAUUGUAUGGCCGUGGCGAACUGGUAUGACUGGCAGUGGGACGACGUGUCUUGUUGGGACAGUAUGCGACCAGCGUGUGAGAGGCCGAUCUUCACAGCUGUAGGAGGGUGUGAACAGCAGCUGGCCACCUCAACACCUGUUGGUGGCGCCGAGAGCACUGGGACAGAAGUAGCCAGUACAUCACCAGCCAGCUGGACAGUGAUCAGAUCAGUGAGCACACCGACGGGUGUUAGUUCAUCCCUAACCUUGCGGACGUCAACAUUCACUGACGAUGUCCUGUAUGUGUCCACUCCAACUUCAACUACACUGCACCCGAGUCCUGUGGAUUCAGAGAUUCGACACUCGACAGGCAUUAUGCUUGGAGGUUCGACCACUGUUACCACUGAGUUGCUACACGCUAACAAUACAGGUCUCGGUAUCGGCAGCUCUGAGACGGCGCAUUCACCUACGUAUACAAGCCUGUAUAAUAUGGAGACAUAUGUGUAUAGCGUGGAGUCGGGUGGUCUCGCCAGAGGAUCAAGCAGUUAUGUCAUAGAAUCACUUGAAUCAAACGCAUAUCCCUUUGAGUCAAGCGGUUCCACCAUAGAGCCAAGUAGUCUUACUGUAGAUCCAAGCGGUUUUACCGUAGCGUCGAGCAGUUAUGUCAUAGAAUCACUUGACUCAAACGCAUAUCCCUUUGAGUCAAGCGAUUCUACCAUAGAGCCAAGUGGUCUUACUGUAGAUCCAAGCGGUUUUACCAUAGCGUCAAGCAGUUAUGUCAUAGAAUCACUUGAAUCAAACGCAUAUCCCUUUGAGUCAAGCGGUUCUACCACAGAGCCAAGUGGUCUUACUGUAGAUCCAAGCGGUUUUACCAAAGCGUCAAGCAGUUAUGUCAUAGAAUCACUUGAAUCAAACGCAUAUCCCUUUGAGUCAAGCGGUUCUACCACAGAGCCAAGUGGUCUUACUGUUCAACCAAGCGGUUUUACCAUAUGGUCAAGUGGUUCUACAAUAGAGUCAAGCGUUCACGCCAUAUCAUCAAGUGGAUAUGCAGUGCCUUCAUUGACAGGUAGCAUUCUUGAAACAAACUACGACAACGGUUUUCCCCUAACGGACGAUACUGGGGAAACUAGCGUUGUUUCGUCCGCUUCAGUAAUUGCAGAUUCAGCAGACCAUCAGUAUACGACCUUGCCCCUUCCUUCUCCAACACAGCCGACUUCUUCCUCAACUCCAGCGACAAGGCCGUGUCGGUGUUUCUGCGAUGCAAGACAUCGAUACGAUGCUCUGAAGUCUGUUGACCUUCAUCAGCGGAAGGAGGACAUUCGCGAAAGUCUGUUGUUGAACACACGGGGGCUGGCGAGCUUUGAGGCUCGCUACAGAAGUGCGGAUGACCACCGGCCCUCUAGCUUCACCAUAGCCAGCAUGGGAAUCAUAAUAUUAGUAGCAUGUGGGUGUUUCAUUAUCUUGUCUGAUCUCCUCAGUUUGAAGCAAUAG